AUCAUGAGGCCGACGUGCAUAAACGCGUCUUACGCACCUUCUUCCAUCAUCGGCUGUAGGUCUCGCUAUAUCCCCUGCCCAAGGUUCGUCUAGACCAUGGAUAUAGUACACUGGUUAGCAGUGCCGCGGCUUCAACCUCAUAUAGGCACUCUUUUGCUGUCCUAUGUUUCUUGGACGGCUAUCCAGUAUGGAUUGGCACCGGCCCUCUGUCGAAAGAUUGUUGGGAAGGACGAGUGGGAGAAACUGAAUGGGAGGGCGAAGAAUGGGUGGACUACCCAUGUCGUGUCUAUGUUCCAUUCUCUUCUUGUUGUCCCGAUAGCCUUUAGAUCUCUCGAUGUCCCGGCAUUGGACCAUGACCGCGCGUUUGGAUGGGACGAUAGCGUCGCAAAGUUAUACGCCAUUUCUAGCGGAUAUUUCGUCUGGGACAGCGUAGAAUCCCUGAUCCACUACGAGGACAUUGGGUUCACAGUCCACGCUCUUGCUUGUCUAGGCAUCUAUUUAUUCAGCUUUAGACCUUUCUUGGCAUAUUAUGGCGCACGGUUCCUCUUGUGGGAAAUAAGUACACCGUUCCUUAACAUCCACUGGUUCAUAGACAAGACAGGAAAUACAGGUUCCCUCGCACAGAUGAUCAAUGGCGUAUUCCUUCUCGGCACAUUUGCUGGCACACGACUAGUCUACGGCGGAAUAAUGUCUUACCGCUUCUUCCACACCCUGAGAGCUAUCCAUCACCAGAUACCAUUCUUUAUCGCGCUCUUCUACGGCGUAGGGAAUGUGGUGCUCCAGUUCCUCAACUGGUUCUGGUUUACGAAGAUGAUCGCUGCUCUGCAGAAACGGUUCGCUGGGUCUUCGAAACCCAAAGAGUCGACGGGGCCACAGGUGAAGUCGAACCAGACAGCAGAUUGUGUGGCGGUGGCGAAUGGAGACCAGGUCAAACGAUCCGCUAAAUCGAGCAGAAAAAGUCAAUGACCUCAACUAGAGGGCCUCGAGGUCAACGCCCUUGGAGUAAUGAGAUUCGUGUGGCGUGUCGCUCAACCAUUGUUAUUAGAAGUCGUGCGAUGUGAGACUGGUGUACACUGAUAGCUACCUAUUCGCGACGAAGAUGCUCAUACCUCUACGUAGACUGCUCUUCCAUUCGUCGCUAUGAUUUUACUACGGUGUGUUGGUAUCAUGUUCUCUCGGAUCCGCUGCUCCUGCAAUACACUAUUCUUGACCGCUUUGCGAUCAC